CAAUGAGAAAGAGAAGUAUCUCAUGGACUAUGAGUUAGAGAAGUAUCCCAUAGAGGAUGAGGUAGAAGAGGAGUUUAAAAUGGUCGAAAAGAUAGAGGAGUACCAAUUGCGCUCGGAGGCGAUUUUCUCGUAUACCUUUGAGAAUAUUGGUCCAAAUAAGGAAGAACAAAGAUCAGAGACUUUCUAUGUCCGUAUGCUGCCAUGGAGAAUAUUGAUCAUACCCCAUAAUAGGGCAUUAGGCGUCUUUCUUCAAUGCAAUGCUGAUAGUCGUGAUACCUCCUGGUCAUGCCAUGCCAUCGCCAAAUUGAAUCUCGUAUGUUACAAGCCGAAUGCGAAACCAUACACCCGCACCGAAAUCGAUCGUUUAUUCAACUUUAAUGACAAUGAUUAUGGUUAUGGGAGUUUUAUAACCUGGGUAAACCUGAUGGAUCCGGACAACUGCUAUGUUCACAAUGACAGCAUUACAAUCGAAGUGCAUGUUACUGCCGAUAUUCCGCUCGGAAUUCAAUGGGAUUCCAAGAAAGACACCGGCUACAAUGGCUUGAAGAAACGAGAAUGCACCAGAUACUUGAAUUCGGUGCUGCAGAUGUUGUAUUUUACAAACGCAUUCCGUUCGGCUGUUUAUCACAUGCAGACUGAUAUCGAUGAUGAAAGCAAACUUGUGGGCUUUCAACUACAGCGAAUCUUCCAUGAGCUGCAGUUCGGUGAUCGUCCCGUUAACACCAAGCCAAAAUUAUCAAUUUUCCACGAGGCUGUAGAUUUAUUUAUGCCGUGUAAUGCUCAGGACUUUUUGUGUAAACUGUUCCACAAGCUGGAGAAGCAUAUGACGGAGGACACAAUUCCAGGGCUUUUCAAAGGCAACUUGUCAUCGAACGUCAAAUUGGAGACUGCCAACCAUAUUCCAACACCCUGCGAAAGUUUCUACGAUAUUAAACUGAAUACCAAAGACAAGAAAAAUAUCUAUGAUUCAUUCGAAGACUUAAUUGCCAUCAAAAAACUUGAUGGUACCAAUAAUUGUGAUGAAAUUGAUAAUGUCCAGCGAAACAAGGGUGUCAAAUUCACAUCACUCCCUCCGGUAUUGCACAUACACUUGAAGUGUUUCCAAUACGAUCCAAUUAAAAAUAGUUUUACCAUGGAGAACAAUCGCUUUGAGUUUUAUGAGGAAAUCAAUCUCGAUCAAUAUUUGGCCAAGAGCGAAAAUACACCAUCCGAUUAUAUACUUUAUUCCGUACUCGUACACUCGGGCAAUUAUUAUGGCGGACAAUAUGUAGUCUUCAUAAAUCCAAAGGCUGAUGGACGUUGGUUUAAAUUUGAUGACGAUGUGGUCUCCAGCUGCCGUAAGGAAGAGGCAAUCGAUCAAAAUUAUGGCGGCACUAAUGAUAAGCACAAUAGCAAUGCCUACAUGCUCGUCUAUAUACGUCAAUCGGAGCUGAAUCGUGUAUUGGGGGAUGUACCUGAAAAUGAGGUAUUCAGCGAUCUGAUAGAGCGUCUCGAUCGCAGGGAAUAUGUUCCUUUCAUGCUCGAGAAUUACGUCGAGUCGCAAGAAUCGAAUUGAAGGUGACAUUUGAGUAUCCUUCAAAACUAAAACAGAUGUCAUUUAAGCGGAUGCGCCUGAAAUCCACUGAAAAGAUAUGCAACAUUAACUAGUCCAUCGAGAUGAUAUCCAGCUCGGAUGGUUCAUUUAAUGAAAAUGAUCCUGAGGAUGCAGAAUGGAAGUUAUUUUUCGAUUAUUAUAAAGAAUGAUUUAAUUAUAUCCGACAGUUAUAGUUCCCUAGAGAUUGUGUGUAUAUUUUUCCUUUUUGCGACCUUGCUGAGCAAUUUCCAGAUAAUUCAAAUCUUAAAUUUAUUAUUCUUACAGUCGCCACAAUCGGAUAAUUUAUCAUGAAAAAAAAAAAUUAAGUUCAAAUUUUAGUAUUUAAAUUUUUUUAAUGAAGCUAGUUUUAAAAAUAAGUCAAUAACCCAAAUAAUUAAGUUUUAUAUAAAACCUCAGCUAGGUUUAAAGAUAUCUCAAUUUUUAAGAGCUCCAAACCCCAUAAACAUGUUACCAACAAAAUAAAAUUCUCCAGUACAGUGCCUUAUUAAUGGCAUUCUCUAAG